AUGGUGCAUUACUGCAGGAAGGGUUCUAUUUCUGAGAAACGGUGCUUCAAAUUGUCUUCAUGUGAUCCCAAUACUGCGAAUCAGGAUAUUCAUGCAUAUGGCAUUAUACUAAUAGCUGCUUUAAGUACUCUCCUGCUUACUAUUUACAACUGUUACGACCAAGUUCUCACCAUUCGGGAAAUGAGAAAUGCCAAAGCCAGGAAAGCAGCAGCUAGAAGUGCGAGGGAGAAAGCACAGGCACGCGAUAAGUACAAAUCUGCUAAAAAUGCUGCUAAGAAGCCCAAAAUUGCAUCACCAAGUCAAUUAUCUCUGGCUUCUUGUAAAAAAACUGUGAUACAUCCUCAGGCACUUGAGAGCUUGAGUCAAACUAAAGCUAAGACAGAUGAUGAUCUAGAUUCAUCUUUGUAUAUAACUGCUUUGAACUCGCCUGAGCAAUCUUCCCAUGCAGUUGAAGAUGACCCUGAUAGUUGCAAUGCUUUCAGUUUAGAGCUUGGAGAUAAAAAUACAGACAGGAAAAUGAAAAAUGAAAAACAAAUUCGUACUCACAGUGAGAUUUUCCAGUAUGCAUAUGCUCAACUAGAGAAAGAGAAAGCUUUGCUGCACCUGCAGCAGAAUAAGAACCUUACCUUCUCAGGAUUAAUUUCAAUGGCUACUAGUCAGGAAAUCAGGAAAAGGCCCAUGAUUGAGGUUUCCUUCAGAGACCUUUCUCUUACUUUGAAAAGAAAAAACAAACAUCUUUUAAGGUGUGUUACUGGGAAAAUAAUGCCUGGCCACAUUACUGCUGUAAUGGGCACAUCUGGAGCUGGGAAAACAACACUCAUUUCUGCUCUGGCGGGAAAAACAGUUGGAUGCAAGAUGACUGGUUUAAUUCUUAUCAACGGAAAACCUGAAUCAAUCCAUUCAUACAGAAAAAUCAUUGGAUUUGUGCCACAGGAUGAUAUUGUGCAUGGAAAUUUGACAGUGGAGGAGAAUCUCUGGUUCAGUGCUAGGUGCAGACUAUCUGCAGACUUGUCGAAGCCAGAUAAGGUUCUAAUUGUUGAAAGAGUUAUCGAGUCGUUGGGGUUGCAAGCAGUGCGUGAUUCCUUGGUUGGAACAGUAGAGAAGCGACGAAUAUCAGGAGGCGAAAGGAAGCGAGUAAAUGUUGGCCUGGAGUUGGUAAUGGAACCAUCACUUUUGAUCUUAGAUGAACCUACUUCUGGUUUGGAUAGUUCUACUUCCCAGCUACUUCUGAGAGCACUUCGACGUGAAGCUCUUGAAGGGGUCAACAUCUGCAUGGUUGUCCACCAACCUAGCUACACCUUGUUCAAGAUGUUUGAUGAUUUAAUACUUCUAAAAGGCGGCCUUACUGUGUAUCAUGGACCGGUAAGCAAAGUUGAAGAGUAUUUUGCAGGCCUUGGGAUCAAUGUACCAGAGCAUAUGAAUCCUACAGACCAUUUUAUUGACGUUCUGGAGGAAAUAGUUAAGCCGAUCACAAGUUUGAGCAUAAAUUACAGAGAGCUUCCGAUGAGAUGGAUGCUUCAUAAGGGUUAUCCAGUACCCCCAGAUAUGCAGCAGGAUUGUGCUGGACUUGUUAUGUCAUCCACAGGAGUAAAUCUAGACAAUCAAAAAAGCUCUGUUGAUGCUGAAAAUAAGGAACAAUCUCUUGCUGGAGAAAUAUGGAAGGAUAUGAUAUGUACUCUGGAGCUUCACUGGGAUAUCAUACAGCACAAUAUCUUGAGGUCUAGGGACUUGUCCAAUCGGAGAACUCCAGGUGUUCUGAUGCAAUAUAAAUACUUUCUUGGGAGGGUUGGCAAGCAGCGACUACGAGAAGCUAGACUAAUAGCAGUUGAUCUUCUCAUCUUGUUACUUGCUGGUGCCUGCGUAGGAUCACUUACAAAAACCGGUGAUGAAGAUUUUGGGGUAUUUGGUUAUAUUCAUACCAUCAUUGCCGUCUCUCUUUUAUGCAAAAUUGCGGCUUUGCGAACAUUUUCUCUGGACAAGUUACAAUAUUGGAGGGAGAGUGCUUCUGGCAUUAGCAGCCUGGCUCAUUUUCUUUCCAAGGAAACAAUAGAUCAUUUUAAUACAGUGAUAAAGCCUGUGGUGUAUCUCUCAAUGUUCUAUUCCAUCAGCAACCCCAGAUCUUCUUUUGCUGAUAAUUACAUUGUAUUGUUGUGCCUCGUGUACUGUGUUACUGGCAUAGGUUAUGCACUGUCCAUCUUCCUUGGACCUGGUCCUGCCCAACUGUGUGCGGUGCUGAUUCCAGUAGUUUUAGCUCUGAUUUCAAUUCAGACUGGAGAGAGUAAAUUUGUGACGAAACUAGCAAACUUGAGCUAUCCAAGAUGGGCUUUGGAAGCAUUUGUGAUUGCAAAUGCAGAAAGGUAUUCUGGAGUGUGGCUUAUAACUCGUUGUGGUGCACUUGUGAAAUUCGGCUUUAAUAUUCAUGAUUGGGAUCACUGUAUAUCCUCUCUCAUCCUGUUAGGCAUAUUCUGCCGUCUCAUAGCUUUCUUUGGCAUGGUCGCCUUCCUAAAGAAGUGAGUUCAAUCCACCAUUUGUCAUUGUACUCUGAACCACAAAAGAAAAAUGAAAUUUUGAGGAGUUUUCAACAUAUGGUAAACACCCCACAAAAUGGCAAUGAUUAUCAGAGGCAGAGCGGGUCAUUGCUGGCUGAAUAUGCUACACAGGAUUGUUAGAUGGCACUGACCAAAUUUUGUUGUGUUAUUCGGAAUUUGAUCAGGGGACUAUCUGAUAAUUGAGGUACUCCCUCUCCCUCUCUCUCUGUUAUCUCUCUUUUAGUUUUUUUUUUUUUUUUUAUAUUAGGCAACAGCCUGCAAGGAUGGGACCUUCUUGUUUAAGUUAGUAUAUUGACAUGUUAACCUAAUGCCCAGUGACGUUUCUGGUGUAAGGUCAUCCUUGUUUUACUGGAAAAUCGAAUAGAAGUCUGCCAAUAAAGAAAGGAAACCAUUUUUAUUGAACGGGUGCCUGAAAAUGCCCGUCUGGAUGAAAUUGUAACCAUUCAAAUAUCAAUGUCUGCACCAAAGUUUCAGGCAGCAUUAAUAUUUUACAUAUUGAAAUAUAUUCAAGCA